AAACCAGACAGACAGAAAAAGGGGGAGGAGGCAGUGGCAGAGGAAGAUGAGUUGGAGGAGUAAGGUAAAAUAAAACAUGAAAAGCUGAAAGUCAAAAUAGUUGGAGGAGUAAGGUAAAAUAAAACAUGAAAAGCUGAAAGUCAAAAUAUUAACACUCUUGUGAGACAAGAGUGUGAGAAAAAAAGUUGAGAGUGCUAGCAGGUGAAGUUCAGCAGCAGGGGAGAGUCAUGAGGCGACGGAUUCGAAAGUCACUGUGCUUUUUGGUAUUUACUCUCCUCUGUUUGGGAACCCUGCUCAUCACUCUCAUCAGGUCCAAGGUUGACAACAAUGAUGUGGCGUCCCACGGACCGCCUCGCCACAAGAAAAGCCACCCUCCGCCCACUGAACUCUGUGAAGGUUGCAAAGAGAUCCUUGACAAAGUGAAAGAGCUUUAUUCUAAAACCUGGGAGAAGCACGAGUACAAUUACCAAAAAAUCAGAUUACAGCUGAGCUCUGAGUGCAAUGGUUUUGACAAGGCCAUCAUUACUCAGGCCAAUAGUCCGGUGGGAUCCAAGAUUGUGUACGACGGGGAAAAGACGAGGACCCUCAAGGUGACGUCGAAGAUUUUUAGCACCUUCGCAAAGGAGCAUCCUUUUCAAAAUAAAACACGGGACACAUGUGCUAUUGUUGGGAACGGAGGGAUCCUGACCAACAGCAGCUGCGGAAAGAUGAUCGAUUCAGCUCAGUUUGUUAUCAGGUGCAACCUACCUCCUUUGGAAAAUGGCUAUGAGGAAGAUGUGGGCAUCAAGACUGACCUUGUGACAGCAAACCCAAGCAUCUUUCUAUUCAAGUAUCAAUCUCUAUUGGAGCGCCACCGUCCUUUUGCGGACAGCCUGCAUAGCUACGGCAACUCCCUGCUGCUUUGUCCCGCCUUCUCCUAUGGCUUUAACACUAAUGUGUGCCAGCGGGCUGCCUACAGUGUUGAAGACUUUGAAAUCCCCAUGCGGCCUGUGUACUUAAAUCCCGACUACCUCCUGAGUCUGGUCCGCUUCUGGCGCUCCCAAGGCCUAAAAGAAAAUCGACACAGCACCGGCCUCAUGAUGGUUAGCCUGGCGCUGGAACUCUGUACCAACGUGCAUCUGUACGGGUUCUGGCCCUACGGUAAUCACCCGCAUGGACUCUACGCCCUGAAUAACCACUACUAUGAUGACGUAGCACCUAAAAAAGGAGUCCACACCAUGUCGAGUGAGUUUGAGCUCUUGUUGCGGCUGCACAAUCAGGGGAUUCUCAGGCUUCACCUGGAAGAUUGUUCAUCAGAUUAAAGUUCCCAAAACUGUGUUUAUCAUCACCAAUGUUCCAGCUGGAGGCCGGAGGGAGUUAUUUUGAUUUAAAUUAGGAUCUUUUUUGAGGACCCUGUGGGGGUUUAUAUUGAAGUGCCUUAUAUUACACAAUCACUGAUGACCGUUAAAUAACUGACCAUGGGAUAAUUUGCUUUUGUCUUAAGACUUGUGUCGGUCUUGUGUAAAUCGGAGCAUUGCCUUUCAUACUUUUUAAAGUCUGAACAGUGUAUUUCUCAUUCAGAGAAAUAAUUUACAUAAUGAAGGUGACUAAACUAGAUAACUCUUUUUGAGCCAGUUUUAGAAUCAUGUGGGUGUUUCUAUCUUUCUUUUUUGGAAAAAUGUUAA